AUGAAUUAUGACGAGUUUCCUACAGAGAAUGGGACUGUACCCGAAACUAUCAGGCGGAAGAUCUCGCCCAUGAGCUUCGUGGCUCACAAACUGAGAGAGUUAAAACGACCCAGUCGACUCCGAAGUCGUAUCUUUCUCUCUCUCAUUUUCAUAUCUUCUGUCAUUCUCAUUGUUCUUGGUAAAUGGCAUGCAUAUAAAAUCCAACACUCGGCAUCAUAUCUCGGCUCCUACGUUCCUGAAAAAUUAGCAGGAGCUUUCACGCCAUCCACUAUCAUCGAAAUCUCUGAUUGGGACGAGACUUUCCCAUUCCCCAACAAUGAAACCAGCACGAAUACAGACACAAACCCGAAAUUUCAUCUUAUAAUGCCCGCCCGCAAGAAAUCACUCAAUCUCUGCAAAACGCUCCUCGCAGCAUCUAUCCUAAAUUACCCACCUCCAACACUCCUUGGCUUCAAAUUGGAAUCGGAUGGAAAUGAAAAAGAAGAGAGAGAAAAAGAAACAUCCACAUUGCAAGAAAUACAAGAUACGCUUGAUUUUCUCAAUGGGAAAGAUAUGCAUGAUGAGGAUUUAGUGUUACUCUUGAAUGCGAAUACGUGGUUGCAAUUUCCGGGCGAAAUUAUCAUUGGCAGAUUUUUGCGGAAUAGGAGGGCAGUGAAUGAGAAGUUGCGUGAAGAAUAUGGUGUUGAGAGGGGGACGGAGGUGGGUACUGGAAGAGUUGGAAAUGUGGGAUUACAGAAAUAUACACAGAAAGUACUUUUUGCCGCGAGGAAAAACUGUGCUGUGGUGGAUAGGGCGAUGGGAAAGGUGCGGGAUAUAAAAGCGCUUUGGAGUCGAGCGUGGGAGAUUGCGCAAGAGCGGGAUGGGGAUGGGGAUGGGGAUGGGAAAGAAAGAGAGGGGUAUUCGAUGCAGGAAAUUAUGACGCGGAUUUUUGGAGAACAGGAAGGGAGGAGGGUGGAGAGACGGAGAGCGGAGGAAUGGAGAUGGAGGGGGUGGCUGGGGGGAAUUUGGGGGGGUUGGAUUGUUGGUGAGGGGAGGGAAGGAGGAGGAGGAGGUGGGGAGAGAAAUGGAAAUGGAAAUGCGAAUUGGACAUUGGGGGUAGGAGGAAAUAGUGAGAGAGGGGAUGGAGAUUUUGGCAUCGGAGUAGAUUAUACGUCGGGGAUUUUUCACACAGUGCCGAGAUCGGGGGAGGAAGUGAAGGUUACGACGAUUGGUGAGCUCACCGGGGAGAAGGAGAAGCAGAUUGUGAGAACAAGGGGGGUUAUCAAUGGGCCUGUGAGGGAGAUGAAGUUGUUAUUUGCGGAGUUGGAGAAUAUUCCUGGACCGUUUGAUUUAUGCGGAGUUACGGAUGUGGAUAAAGAAGAAGAGAAAGGAAAAGCAAGAGCAGGGGCAAAAGAAAAAGAAAACGGUCUCAAAAUGGCAAGAGGGAGUAAUAUUUCGUGGGAUUCUAUUCCGCUUCUUAUGUAUGGCGAUGGUGGUAGUGACGGUGUUUUUCCAGGUUUGCGGAUUCCUGGGUCUUUUUUUUUGGAUGAAGAUGAAGAUGAAUAUUUGGAUUAUGGUAUUAGUGGGAAAGAUGGGGAUGGAGGUACAAGUAAAGAGACAGAGAAAGAGAAGAAAGAGAAGAAAGAAGCAGAAGAACGACAAAAAGCAAACGUGGAACAAAAUGUGGUGGAGAAAAUGGGCAAAACAGCUCUGGGAAGAGUGUACGAAGGGGGGGGGAGAACAGGUGUGGGUGGUGGGUGGGGAAGGAAAAAAGGAGAAGGGUGGGAAAAAGGUAGAGGAAGGAGAAGGAGGGAAGAAAGGAGAGGAAGAAAAAGGGGGGGUAUGGAGGGAUGGGAGAGGAGGGAGGGGUGGCGUGUGGACGGGCGAGAGGGUGUGGACUGAAUGGGGGGAGGUUUGUGGGGGGGAGGGGAUGGAUGAGGUUUGGGGGGAAUAAGGGGUG